GUGGUCCAAUCACGUUCCACGUUUCGUAUUCGCGUGUUGUCUACUUUUGCACUUCACCACCUGUGUAACUGUACGAUUUUAGCUUGUGUCACAGAAGCCGCUGGAGCUGUCGUACACAACUCUCCUUUAAGCGUAGUUGUGAGUCUUUCAGCCCUUUCCCGGUUCCGAACUGUAAGUUCCACGCCAUGUCUGGACACGGUCACGGCCACGGCGGUGGACACGGUCACGGCUGCUGUGAAUGCGAACACGAGCCAGCGGAGCGAGGAGUGGAAUAUGAACUGUACAGACGCAUUGAUAUCGAGAAGCUUCAGUGUUUGAACGAGAGCCGAGACGGAGACGGUAAACUGGUGUUCAAGCCUUGGGAUCAACGCACUGACAGAGAGAAGUUUGUUGAAAGCGAUGCUGACGAGGAGCUUCUGUUCAACAUACCGUUUACAGGUAGCGUGAAGCUCAAAGGAAUCAUUAUUUCUGGAGAAGAUGAUGAGUCACACCCAGCUGAAAUGAGACUGUACAAGAACAUCCCCCAAAUGUCAUUUGAUGAUACAAGCAGAGAGCCAGAGCAAGCGUUUCGUCUAAACAGGGAUCCACUUGCUGAGCUUGAGUAUCCAACCAAGAUUGCGAGAUUCUCCAACGUGCAGCACUUAUCAAUCCACAUAUCUCGAAACUUUGGGGCAGAAUCCACUCGUGUCUUUUACAUUGGUCUGCGGGGAGAGUACACGGAGGCUCGUAGGCACGAGGUCACAAUCUGCAACUAUGAAGCAGCAGCCAACCCAGCAGAUCACAAAGUGGAGACCAUUACACCCCAGACACAGUUCAUAUCAUGACAAAUGGAGGAGAGGGAAUCUCACGUGUGCUGUGUGAAACUAUAAAAGUGUGCAUGAGUUUUGAUAAGGGUGAGAUGAUGAACUGAUAGAACCUGUGUGUUCUUUGAUGUUUUCAACAGGGAUUUCUUCACAAGGGUUUGUUCAUCUGCAAUUCUGCUAAUGUGCCAAUAAACCUUAGGCUAUAUAAGCAUAAUUACUUCAUGUAUGCUUAUGUCAAAUAACAGAACAGAUGAGCUGUGCAAGAAGUCUGUUACUUAAAAAAAAAAAAACAUCUCUAAAGAAUGCCGUCUAGUGGAGAUUUUGUUAUUUUUGAUCUCAGUUUUACAAUGUCUUAUUAAUCCAUUUAAUCUUAUGUUGCAUUAUUACCUUGCACCAAAGCUGACAUUAAUAAACCACCAGAAAAUGUGUUUUAA